CAAUUUGUUUAUUAUCACCCCGGGAUGUAAAUGUAAGAAAUUGUAACUAAUUGUAAAAAUAUAAGUGCUAAACGCUCAAAAUAACUAUUGAAAAUAUGUCGUAUAUGGAAGAACAGGAAACCGUGGGCACAACCGCCCUAGCUAACUGUUCUGUGGAGUUAGAAGAGGAGUUUGGUCCUGUCUCAAUUACCAAGUUGGAAGUUAAUGGAAUAACAAGCAAUGACAUCAAACGCCUACAAGAGGCGGGAUUUCAUACAGUGGAAUCAAUAGCUUUUUCACCUAAAAAACUUUUGCUACAAAUACGCGGAUUCUCUGAGACAAAAGCUGAUAAGAUCCUUACAGAGGCAGUAAAGCUUGUACCAAUGGGUUUCACCACUGCUACAUCUAUUUAUCAAAAACGUUCCGAAAUUGUUAUGCUCACAACCGGUUCGAAGGAGCUCGAUAAAUUGCUUGGAGGAGGCAUCGAAACAGGGUCUAUAACUGAAAUGUUUGGAGAAUUCCGUUGUGGCAAGACGCAAUUAUGCCAUACGUUGGCUGUAACCUGCCAGUUACCAAUAAGUCGGAGUGGUGGUGAAGGCAAAUGCCUGUAUAUCGAUACAGAGGGUACAUUUCGACCGGAACGUUUAGCAGCCAUAGCAGAACGUUUCAAUCUUGUUAAGGAAGAGGUUCUUGAUAACGUUGCCUGUGCUCGAGCCUACAACACAGAUCACCAGACACAAUUGCUUACACAAGCUGCAGCAAUGAUGGUGGAAUCAAGGUAUGCACUGCUGGUCGUAGAUAGCGCAACUGCUUUGUACCGCACUGAUUACACAGGACGUGGUGAAUUAUCAGCGCGUCAAAUGCAUCUGGCACGUUUUUUACGUCUAUUGUUGCGUUUAGCUGAUGAGUUUGGUGUAGCUGUAAUUAUAACCAAUCAAGUGGUAGCUCAAGUCGAUACCGGUCCAGCUAUGUACGCUGCGGACACUAAAAAACCUAUUGGUGGAAAUAUUAUCGCCCAUGCUUCGACCACUAGGUUAUAUCUGCGUAAAGGCCGAGGUGAAACCCGUAUUUGCAAAAUAUACGACUCGCCGUGCUUACCCGAGAGUGAAGCGACCUUCGCUAUUUUACCCGACGGAAUCGGAGAUGCAAAAGAGUAACUUAGAUGCAUUUAUUUAUUUAUGUUUUUUUUUAUCAAAUAAGCUUAAGUUUCAACAACUAAUUACCUUUUUGUUUAUAGUUAAACAAUUAAUACUUACUUUUAAAUUUAUGUUGUGUAAUUGGAAGCAAUUACGCAAUAAAAGGAGAUUUAAGAAAAUGUUUUAUGGAUAUUGAUAGCUUUAUUAUCUGUAUGCGUUGCUUGUAUAUCUUUAUAUAGAAAAUCUCUAAUUACUAUUUCAUAUUUAUCGAAUUUAUGUGAUGUUCUUCAGUUCAUUAUCUAUAAACUCGCUUCAUUUAAAUCAAAUAACGGAAACUUUGACAAAUGCUUCAUACGAUUUGGCAACUUAUUGAUGUACACAUUAUAAAAUGAUUAGGUGAUAUGAAAGAUGUGUUUGUAGCAUACUGAAACCAAUCCCGCUGGUUUCAUUUGUAGGAUGGUUGACAUAUUUUGUUAAUGUAAAAUAUGUGUUUCAAACAACAACUUUUAUAAGCCAAUGUUAUAUAU